GAAGAGAGAAGUAGAGAACCUCCUCUCCCAUCUUUUUAUUCUGAGAACUCUUCUCCCCAUUUCUCUCUCCUCAAAGAAUCCAAUUUUUACCUAAACAAACUAGAAAUAAUUAUCAAAUUUUCACGUUUGGAAUUAUCUCUUCUUCGAUCCUGUUACAGGUUGUAUAUAUGUUCAUGUUGAGCUGGAUUUGGGUUGUAAUUUAAUUUCAUCUUAUGAAGAAAUCGUUUUUUCCGGAAUUAGAAAGUUGAAGUUGGACAAGUGGUUUCUGAUUGAAUUUAUGGGUAAGGGAGAAUGUAAUGCUGUUGAUAUGCUGAAUGUCGCUUUAAUCUGAGGAAUUUUGUUGAGAAGAUUGUUGUAUUUUGGUAAGAUCGUGUGGAAGUACAACGUCGUUUGUGUUCGAAAUGUCAAGUGUGAGUAGCGAAGUUGAGGAACGACCCUUGGAGGCACAGGCGAAGGAUUCGAGUUCAGAAUCUUCAAAAAAACCAAUAAGAUCAUACUCUAGGGAUUUUCUUUUAUCAUUGAGUGGGCUUGAAGUUUGUAAAAAGUUACCUGAGGGAUUUGAUGCUUCACUUCUGAGCGAAUUCGGCACCCAAGACCGUCCUCGAGCUCUGGGAAGCUCAUCUCAGCAAGGUUUCAAACGACCAGACUAUGGAUCAUCCCUACCAGCUAGAGGGGAUUCGGGUAGUUAUUCUAGAGGACUGAAUAGAUGGGAUAGUCGUUCUAGUGGACGAAGCGACACUGAUACUGAUUCAGAGUCAGGAAGGCGUUAUGGAGGCCAGGCGAGGCGGUCCUGGCAGGGUCCUGAACAUGAUGGUCUUCUUGGAAGUGGUUCAUUUCCCAGACCUGCUGGAUUUGCAGCAGGAGCACCAGCUCCAAGGUUCCGUCCUAAUGACAACAUACAUCUUAACAGGAGCAAUGAACCUUAUCAGCCUCCUCGUCCAUAUAAGGCUAUUCCUCAUUCUCGUAGGGAAGCUAAUGACUCAUUUAAUGAUGAGACAUUUGGUUCAGCUGAUGAUGCCAGUGAGGAUAGGGUGGAGGAAGAGAAAAAACGGAGAGCUGAGUUUGAACUUAUGAGGAAAGAGCAGCAAAAAUCUCUUCAAGAGAAACAUAAAUUCAAUAAAGGCAAGUCAGAGGAUCCCUUUUCUGAUUUUGGACAGCUGGACAAUUCGAGUGAUGGUAAAGCCUCGAGUGACUUGGAUAAAGUAUUGAAACAGACUCCUCAAGAGGACUUCAACAAGCUUUCUGUCCCCUCACAAGCACCUCCAUCUAGGCCGCUUGUGCCCCCGGGUUUUGUCAGCAGUGUUGAUAAAAGUUCUAUUGCCAAGUCCAUGGUUCAUGCUGAACUUUUGGAGAUUGAAACAAGAGAAUUGGAAGAUAGUCAUCAGGAUGUGAAAAACAAAAUUCAGGGAAGAGAUUUCGGUGACCCCCAUAGUCAGAUAUGUGGCACAUCAGUUAUUAAGGCGGAAAAAGUGAAAGACUUAUCUUCAGUGCUUCAAAGUGCUGAUCUUGCAGAGGCAAAAGUACUCCCUGGUGUUAAUGAGGUCCUUGAGGAUGGUGAAAUUAUCGGGAUAGAUUUUGAGGCAACUAAACCACCGAAUUUACUGGGUGAACCUGCGUGUUCAACAUCCAUCUUAGACAAGCUAUUUGGCAAUGCUUCAACAGUCAGCAAUAACAAUACUUCUAAAUUUGUGGAGGAUAAUGCUGAAACAGAUGGUAUUUGGACCUCUAAUAUGCUACAAUCUAAGUUUUCUAAUUGGUUUCCUGAAGACGACAGGAAACAUCCCGUUGACGUAUCUUCUGAGAAGUCAAAUAGUUUGCUCUCACUAUUCGUUGGUGGUGAAAAAGGUGGAUCCAACGUCCCUGACAUUUCACCCAUGGAAUCAGUCAUUACCCCUGGAACGGAAGUGGUGCACAACAUGUCCAAUUCAUAUUCUGCAACUGCCGAAUUAUCCGAGCAAUUUUCUAACAGUAGCUACGCUACAGAAAAGAAGCCUGCUGUGUUGACUUGUGAAGAUCUUGAGCAGUCCAUUCUUUCAGAAUUUGGCGGUGAUAAAUCUGAUUCUCAGCCUGAUCACGCGUUAGAUGUGAAAGUUGGACAUCCGACAAAUAAUGUUGACAAUCAAGCUUCACAACAUCUUCUUUCCUUGCUGCAGCGAGGAAUUGGGUCAAAAGAUGUGCCAUCGGUCUCACUUGAAGAAAGAACUACCGUUAAACCAUUUGAUCAGGAGGUUGGUCAAGUAGAUGUACUUGAUGGCAGCGUAAAUGAUGCUAAUAGGCUACCUAAUCCAGCCAAGACAUUGACCCUUGAAUCAUUAUUUGGGACAGCUUUUAUGAAUGAAUUGCACUCUGCCCAAGGAAAUGCAAGUAAUUCUGCCAGAACUGAUAAUUUGGAUGGUGUGCUCUUUCCUUCUGUGAUGAAUGGAAAUGGAAUCAAUCAUUCGGCUUCAAAUAAUGGGGAAUGGUUAGGGUUUAAUGAUGCUAUUAAAGAUGUAGAAUUCUCUAAACAAUCAGCUGUAGAUGCUUCUAAAUUUACUGGUAUUGAUAGGGGAUUUCAAGUUGCACUUCCCGAAGAAGAUUCCUUGAUUAAUCUCGUUGAUCCUAUAAAUGCUCAGAAUUCCAUGUCGGUAAACAAUUCAGGUUCAUAUGACUCAGACUUACUACCCUCGUCAUCAAGCAUUCCCGUUGAUGUUAUGGAAAAACUUGUAGCACUAGGUGGGACUCCUAGACAUGAAAGAUCUAUGGUAGGGGGGCAUGACCCACGUUUGUUGCAUAGUCCGUUUGAUAUGGUGAAUCCUGAACUCGGUUUCCAAAACUUGCACCCACCAACGUCUUCUCUGCAGCACCACGCUUCCCAAAUGAAUUACAGCAGACCACUAUUUCAUGGUUUGGAUUCGCAUCCUGCGCAUCUUGAUCCACAGUUAAACUUCGUUCCUCCGGAGGCUAUUAUUCAUCAUGACGCUCCAGCACAUCAUCAGUUUCCUGCAAACAUGGGUCACCCUUCUAUUACACACCCUAGUUCUGGUCUAACAGGGUUUGAUCGUCCCAUUCCCGCUCCUAUCUUGCAGCAGAUGCACAUGGCCGGAAAUCUUCCUCCACCGCGUUUGGCUAGGGGAUUUCCUGGUUCUGCUCCUGUGCCUCUUCAUCCCAGUCACAAUCCUGCCGGCUACGUUCAAGAGUCUAACCCAGUACAAAAUUUCCCAUUUGGUCAACGACAGUCAUUUUUCGGUGGCCCUGGAAUGGGCCCGACAGGUCCCGAACAUGGUGUGAGUGACAACCCUCCCGAAGCAUUUCAAAGACUACUGGAGAUGGAACUUCGAGCAAAUCCAAAACAAAUGCACCCGUACCCAUUUGCAGCUGGUGCUAGCCGAGCCAUGUAUGGACACGAGCUGGACACAGGUCUUAGGUACAGAUAAUGGUCUACGACGUAAUUUAAAAAGGAAAAACAUAUACUGUAAUCAUGUUUUAUCCCACAUGACUUUUUCAGGAUGGGUUGUAUGUGCUUACUGUAAAACUGUUGAUAAUGUAGUUUUUUCUGUUUUCAAGAUUAGAGAUUUUUACUCUAUUCA